GUGAGAAUCAGUCCAGGAGCAGCGAGACGGGUAACGAAAAAUAUUCACACAACAAACAACCCACACGAGUCCUUUGUCUUUGAGCUCACGAACCGUGGACAGACAGACACUGGAAAGACACACACAGUUGACAGACACACACACAUUGGACAUUCACAGGCGAGGUCUUGACUGUCUUUAUGUCCAAGACCUCUACAUUGCUAAAAGAGCAAUACUCUUAUGUGGAUUUAAAAAUACAGAACAAAGUAAAGGUAAAGGAAGAUUUGCUUCUGUUAUUCUUUUAAAAUGGAAAAAUGAAAUUGAUGGAUCGCGUAAAUUUUGACUGUCUUGAUUUCCCGCCAGUUAACACGUAAAGCCAUUUCAUAAAUUAGCUUCGUAUUUCUUGAAAAUAACAUUUCGAUUUUAAAUAAUUAUGUAGUUUGAGUUUAUAGAUGUCCACACGAAAAUUGUUAGUUCAUUAUUUUGUACGAGUAAAGGUUUAAAUAUUUUAAGGCAAAACAAUUAUUUUUUGUUGGUUAAGGACGAAUUACACUAGAACUGAUGAAAAUUGCCCGCCUUAAGAAAUCUAGAACAAUGGCUUUCUAACACUUACAGUCUUUAGGGUAAAAUGGAAUAACACGGUUGGUUACAUAGUAUAGUACUGAUUUCACACGUGUUGUACUGAUUCCACACGUGUUGUAAGUGCGCUCCCUUGAACAGAAGUUCAAGGCAAAUUUCCACAGCUAAUUGUUCAUUGGUUGAGUUUUAAAUAUCAAAUUUAGUUACUUCAAUGAAAUUAAAGAAAAAAAAUUGCGAAAUUGGUUUAAGAAACUGUUCAAUUUUAAGGGAAAGGGUGACUAUCUGAUGAUUUUUACGACAGUGAAAAGUAGGGUUGGAAACCUUCACACCACUAUUUUCGCCAAUCAUACAUUUAUUAUACGUACAUGUAGCAUCUUUGGCAGUGUUCCGGAUUUUUUUAAUAGGAAGAGUCGUGGGGUAUUGCCAUGGUUUAUGGGGUAACUAAGGUAAAUGGCGUGGCUAGAGAUAAUGGCGAAGCUAGGAAAUAGGGUGUAACUAGGUAAUAGGCGUAGUUAGGGACAUGGGCGCCCGCAGGGGGGGGCACUUGCCCCUGCCCCCUCGAUUGAUUGGAUAAAAAAUAUUUAGACAAAAAUAGACAAAAAAUUUAUUAAAGUAAAGAGAAAAUAAAGAGAAAGUAACUAAGCUGAUGUCCUGUCCGUUCGUUCACCAUACAAAUACGCUACGGUAAAUUAAAACAAAAACUAUAUUAAAACAUUACUAAAAAUUUUUUGCCCCCCCCCCCUGGAAAGUUAAUCGAUUUUUUUUGCCCCCCCCCCUAGAAAGUUUUCUGCGGGCGCCUAUGGUUAGGGAGUAGGGUGUAGCUAGGGAAUAUUGCAUUUCUAGGGAAUAUUAUGAAUCAAGCGAAAGACAUUAAAUUAAUUUAGUAUUUUUCUGUUUCUGCCAAUAAUGGAACACCUCUCAGCUUGUUUAUGGAGAAACAUAUCCACUCCCCAUUCACCAAAUUCCCUAAUAUGUCAUUGACCAAAUUCCCCAAUAUGUCAUUGACCAAUUCCACAAAAUUUCAUUGACCAACUCCCUUAUGUCAUUGACCGAAUUCCCAAUACGUCAUUGACCAAAGUUACCAAUAUGUCAUUGACCGAAUUCCCCAAUAUAUCAUUGACAAAAUUCCCCAAGAUGUCUUUGACCAAAGUAAUCAAUAUGUCAUUGACCUACUACCCAAUUUGUCACUGACCAAGUUCCCAAUCUGUCACUGACCAAGUUCCCAAUCUGUCACUGACCAACUUCCCAAUCUGUCACAGACCAACUUCCCAAUCUGUCACUGACCAACUUCCCAAUCUGUCACUGACCAACUUCCCAAUCAGUCAUUGAUCAACCUCCCAAUCAGUCAUUGACCAACUUCCCAAUCUGUCAUUGACCAACUUCCCAAUCUGUCAUUGACCAACUUCCCAAUCUGUCAUUGACCAACUUCCCAAUCUGUCAUUGACCGACUACCCAAUCUGUCAUUGACCGACUACCCAAUCUGUCGUUGACCGACUUCCCAAUCUGUCACUGACCGACUUCCCAAUCUGUCGUUGACCGACUUCCCAAUCUGUCGUUGACCGACUUCCCAAUCUGUCGUUGACCGACUUCCCAAUCUGUCGUUGACCGACUUCCCAAUCUGUCGUUGACCAACUUCCCAAUCUGUCAUUGACGACUUCCCAAUCUGUCGUUGACCGACUUCCCAAUCUGUCAUUGAUCGACUUCCCAAUCUGUCAUUGACCGACUUCCCAAUCUGUCAUUGACCGACUUCCCAAUCUGUCAUUGACCGACUUCCCAAUCUGUCAUUGACCAACUUCCCAAUCUGUCAUUGACCAACUUCCCAAUCUGUCAUUGACCAACUUCCCAAUCUGUCAUUGACCAACUUCCCAAUCUGUCAUUGACCAACUUCCCAAUCUGUCAUUGACCAACUUCCCAAUCUGUCAUUGACCAACUUCCCAAUCUGUCAUUGACCAACUUCCCAAUCUGUCAUUGACCAACUUCCCAAUCUGUCAUUGACCGACUUCCCAAUAUGUCAUUGACCGACUUCCCAAUCUGUCGUUGACCGAUUUCCCAAUCUGUCGUUGACCGACUUCCCAAUCUGUCGUUGACAGACUUCCCAAUCUGUCGUUGACUGACUUCCCAAUCUGUCGUUGACUGACUUCCCAAUCUGUCGUUGACUGACUUCCCAAUCUGUCAUUGAUCAACCUCCCAAUCAUCAUUGACCAACUUCCCAAUCUGUCAUUGACCAACUUCCCAAUCUGUCGUUGACCAACCUCCCAAUCUGUCAUUGACCAAGUUCUUAAUCUGUCAUUGACCGACUUCCAAAUCUGUCAUUGACUGACUUCUUAAUCUGUCAUUGACCAACUUCCCAAUUUGUAAUUGACCGACUUCCCAAUUUGUAAUUGACCGACUUCCCAAUCUGUCAUUGACCGACUUCCCAAUCUGCCAUUGACCGACUUCCCAAUCUGUCAUUGACCGACUUCACAAUCUGUCAUUGACCGACUUCACAAUCUGUCAUUGACCGACUUCCCAAUCUGUCAUUGACCACUGUCGUGCACAUGCCUCACUCGUACAAAACACGGUCAUUUGUGCACAGGUCACCCUUAAAUAAACCAUUGUCAUUUGUGCACAUGUCUCCCUUAAAUAAACCAUUGUCAUUUGUGCAUAUGUCUCCCUUAAAUAAACCAUUGUCAUUUGUGCAUAUGUCUCCCUUAUAUAAACCAUUGUCAUUUGUGCAUAUGUCUCCCUUAAAUAAACCAUUGUCAUUUGUGCACAGGUCUCCGUUGUAUAAACCAGUGUCAUGGCGGAAGCUCAGUCGGAAGAUCAGAAUUUCGCCGACGCAGUGAGCAGUCACAACGAGGCUGCUGGAGAUGGUGCCGAGGUGCAACCAACCGAACCACAGCCAGAGAUGCCUGGCUCAUCCACGGGAGACGGCGAGGGUGAGCUGACAGAUAUUCAACAUUAAAAUAACAAUCCGAAAAAAAAUGAAAACAAUUAUUUAAAAAAAAAAGACUGAUCCUAUGAAUUUAAUCUGCCAUCUUAUUUAUAAGUUCUGUGGCAGCAGCCUGUAGAAUGUCAUAAGCAAAUUUAAUGCGAACGUUCAGACAAAACUAUACAUUAGCGUCACGUGGUGCAAAGGGUCGUGGUUCCUAAAGUAAAUACCUACAGUUUUAUAACUUCGAAAUAUAGUCUGUAUGAUGAUUGACGUGGUCUUUUAAAGGUUAUCCCCUGAGUUCUGUGAGGCCCUUGCUAUGCAAUCUCACUGCCAGUCAGUGUGAUGUUACUGUCAGUCCAAUGUCACUGUCACCCAAGUCACUGUCAGUCAGUCCCAUGUCAGCGCUAUCCCCUUAUUACUCUCAGUCCUAUCUCUCUGUCAGUCCUAUCUCUCUGUCAGUCCCAUCUCCAUGUCAGUCCCAUCCCACGGUCAGUCCCAUGUUAGUUGCUAGUCAUCCGAAUGGUUACAAUAAGAGAAUGGACACAGACACAGAGCAGUCUGAUAUUUUAUAAAUAUUUUUCCAAAGUUAUUUUUCACGCGCACACAUAUUCCUCUAUUUACCGAAAAGGGACUUGGGGCCAUAUUUUGUUUUUGUGCUCUGAGUGCCCAUCUCCUGAAUUUCCGUCUCCACGAAUUUCCACCUCAUCUAAAUUUCCGUCUCCUUGCAUGUCCGCACCCCCAGGUCCACCUCUCUGAAUGUCCGCCUCUCUGAAUGUCCGCCUCUCUGAAUGUCCGCCUCUCUGAAUGUCCGCCUCUCUGAAUGUCCGCCUCUCUGAAUGUCCGCCUCUCUGAAUGUUCGCCUCUCUGAAUGUCCGCAUCCCAUAAUGUUCGUCUCCUUGAAUGUCCGCAUCUCCGAAUGUCUGUCAGCAUAUAGCACGAAGUUCUGAUAUGUCCAUGUUUUCCAGAUCGAGGCAAAGGUCUUGAGAAAAAUCUUGAGAGUCAAAAAAUGACAAAAGGCAGCGGUGGGGCCAAGCACGUGUCGUCUGGUGAGAGUGUCAAGGUGACCGGUCGUCGGAGGACACUCUCCUCUUCCGCCUCCUCCAGUUCCCAGAGAAUGUCCAGAGAAGAUCUUUUCACGGCUGAAGUGGAUACGACAUCCUUGCUGGCCAGUGCAGUGACGUCCAGUAUGGAGAUCAGUGGCCCUUACGAUGAUUCUCGUGCUAGGAACCGUCGUUUACAAUCGUAAGUCCCUUUUAAUUUGUGUGUGUGUACAUCUAGGAGUUUUAUUUACUUCAAGGUAAACAAGCACACUCAAAGGUGCGCCUUCUUAUGUUUAUUGGUGACCGUUUGUACUGCAGGAAAUUUGCGAUGUGAAGCGUGGCUGGUGAAGAAAUAUCCUUCAAAUCUACUCUCAUAGAUUCUAAACAUAAUUCGGGGAUGAUUAGUCAAGAAUCAGCCCCCAUUAAAUGUCAUCUUUCGUAGGAACUUAUACAUCAAUAUAUGCCGAGGAAAAAUUAAUAUACAAAUAUAAUUCCAAAUAUUUUACUUGAUUAUAAACACGAGCAAUAAAAAAAACAUGUAAGUCAUUUGCAGUAGGUUUUCAUGAGAUUUGCAGUAGGCUUUAAUGAGAUGUGCAUUACGUUUUCAUGAGAUUUGCAGUAGGUUUUAAUGAGAUGUGCAUUACGUUUUCAUGAUAUUUGCAGUAGGUUUUCAUGAGAUUUGCAGUAGGUUUUCCAUGAGAUUUGCAGUAGGUUUUUAUGAGAUUUGCAGUAGGUUUUCAUGAGAUUUGCAGUAGGUUUUAAUGAGAUGUGCAUUAGGUUUUAAUGAGAUUUGCAGUAGGUUUUCAUGAGAUUUGCAGUAGGUUUUAAUGAGAUGUGCAUUAGGUUUUAAUGAGAUUUGCAGUAGGUUUUAAUGAGAUUUGCAGUAGGUUUUAAUGAGAUGUGCAUUAGGUUUUAAUGAGAUGUGCAGUAGGUUUUAAUGAGAUGUGCAGUAGGUUUUAAUGAGAUGUGCAGUAGGUUUUAAUGAGAUUUGCAUUAGGUUUUAAUGAGAUGUGCAUUAGGUUUUAAUGAGAUUUGCAGUAGGUUUUAAUGAGAUUUGCAGUAGGUUUUAAUGAGAUUUGCAGUAGGUUUUCAUGAGAUGUGCAUUAGGUUUUAAUGAGAUUUGCAGUAGGUUUUCAUGAGAUGUGCAGUAGGUUUUAAUGAGAUGUGCAUUAGGUUUUAAUGAGAUUUGCAGUAGGUUUUCAUGAGAUUUGCAGUAGGUUUUAAUGAGAUGUGCAUUAGGUUUUAAUGAGAUUUGCAGUAGGUUUUCAUGAGAUUUGCAGUAGGUUUUCAUGAGAUUUGCAGGAGGUUUUAAUGAGAUGUGCAUUAGGUUUUAAUGAGAUUUGCAGUAGGUUUUCAUGAGAUAAUAAUAAUAAAGUUCAUUUCAAAAACACGCUUCAUCCCCAAAGGCUCGAAGCGCGGUACAAGAGUAAAAAAAACAACAAAUCUAUAAUUUACCACAUUUAAAACAAACGCAACACUACAAAAACUAAUUACAAGCAUACAAUGUCAAAGUCUUUCAACCCAUUUCAACCCUGAGCAACACAGCUAAUAUGCAUUAAAUGGAAAAUAUGGUAGACAAUCAUCCCAGAAGGUGUUUGCGAAAUAAAUGUGUCUUUAAAUCGGUUUUAAAGGACUCCAGUGUCUGGUUGUUUCUGAGAUCGACUGGAAGGGCGUUCCAAAUUGUUGGACCAGCAAAUGCAGAUGUGCAUUAGGUUUUAAUGAGAUUGUCCGAAGUACAUUUUGAUUUCUUCUGUUUAGAAUGAAUACAAAUACUUUUGUGUCUAUAUUCACAGAUGGCUAAUCUCGUGGGUCGGCGAACCGGGGUUCAAUUGUCCAAGUUGGGUAAACAUGAAAAUCUUGGUGGUCAUAGGGCUUCAAUGGGAAUAAAUGAAAUUAUGUAAAGAGCGCAUUCUUGUUGUGAGACAAAGUUUUGUACUGGCAACACUGCAUAAGGAUUGUUAUGUCACUGCUAAAUAGAUUGUUAUGUCACUGCUAAAGGGAUUGUUAAGUCACUGCUAAAGGGAUUAUGUCACUGCUAAAUAGAUUAUGUCACUGCUAAAGGGAUUAUGUCACUGCUAAAGGGAUUAUGUCACAGCUAAAGGGAUUAUGUCACUGCUAAAGGGAUUAUGUCACUGCUAAAGGGAUUAUGUCACUGCUAAAGGGAUUAUGUCACUGCUAAAUGGAUUGUUAUGUCACAGCUAAAGGGAUUGUUAUGCCACUGCUAAAUGGAUUAUGUCACUGCUAAACGGAUUAUUAUGCCACUACUAAAGGGAUUAUAUCACUGCUAAAGGGAUUCUGUUACUGCCAACUGCAAUGCAAAUAAAGUUAUCAUGUAUCAUCAGGAAGUUGUGCUGUUGUGGACUGUGUCAUUGCCUGACUGCCAAGAAAUGUGUCAUUGGGUCGGCAGUGAGCGCCCUUGUCCUGAUCAUCCUGGCAGUCGUCAUGUACGGUGUGGCCAUACCCAGGUUUCAUUACUACAUCAAGCAGGUUAGUGUAUUAUCCUUGUCAUUACUACAUCAAGCAGGUUAGUGUAUUAUCCUUGUGUGGAUUCAAGAGGAUAGUCUCCUUGCGUAUAAUGUACAAUGUUUAAAAUCCAUUGAUCCAUUUACCCCUUAAAAGUCAAAUCAGGAAUGUAGCAAAAUAUUGUUGUUCGCCCGUCGAAAUCCACUAGGGCCAUCGAGUCGUCCUGUGAGCUCGCAGGUGGCUUGCUAGUCCGAUCCGUGCUCGGAAUAAUCUCUGGCACCGUCGGCAGGGAUAGUUGCUGCAGUCGGUGUUUUAAUGUGGCUCUUUCGGGUUAACUUUCAACAAAAUUAUAUCGUGAUAUUAUUUUAGAACUAAAACUUCCCUAACAACCACUAUUAGGUCAGGGAUGGGUAUUUUUGUUAUGCAGAGGGCCGCUUGGAAAUUGUUUAGUUGGUGCGCCUAAUGAUACUUUUAUAGGAUUCUAGAUUUUUUGGCUCAAAAGUUCACUCUGAGUUCUGUUCGAAAAUAGGCAGAAGAAUAGUUUCUAAAUGUGCUGUGAUCAAUAUGAUUAGUUUGACAAUUUGAUUCGGUGAUUAUAAAUUUUCAAAAGUUUUUACAUAAUUAUUACAUUACAUGUUUCAGAACUUGCCCCAACUCCUGUGUUAGAUCAUAUAUUAAAAACAAAUCGAAAAAUUUCCGUAAAGAAAUGUUCUAAUAUUUUUUAAAGUAAAACUGUUUCUGUUGACAUUGUUAAAUGUGUAUCCAUAUGGCAGAAUGCGGUACUAAAAGAAGGUCAAAGUCCAGAAUGGCAGAAGCCAACAGGAACUGCAUUUCUAACAAUUUAUUUCUUUAACGUCACCAACCACGACGCGUUUGACCAGGGACUGGAGCCACCUGUGGUAGAAGAGAAAGGGCCAUAUGUCUUCAGGUGAGAGAAUGUGUGGGCAGGUGAGAGAAUGUGUGGGCAGGUGAGUGUGUGUGGACAUGUGAGUGUGCGCAGGGCAAAUUAGGCCCAACCUGGCCUCCCCACAACUGUAAUACAUCAUUUGUGAACAAAUGUUUAUGAGUAAAAACAACCUUUCAAGACAACUCACAAAUUAACUCCCCUUUUCCCAAUGGAUUCUAAAAAAAGUGUCUUUAAAUCACGCAGAAGGCGUCAUAUCUCAAGACACAUUUAUUUUCUUCUGGGUUCCAGGAUAACCAUGGAGAAGGUCAAUGUGACCUGGAAUGACAACUUCACAGUGACCUACGAGGAUAACCACGUGAUCGAGUUUGUUCCGUCACUGUCCAACGGAACUGUCAACGACACCAUAAUCACAAGCACAGAAUUGCAGGUCAGUGGUCAGCAAUGCAGGUCAGUGGUCAGCAAUGCAGGUCAGUGGUCAGCAAUGCAGGUCAGUGGUCACAAUUGCAUGUCAGUGGUCACAAUUGCAUGUCAGUGGUCACAAUUGCAUGUCAGUGGUCAGAAUUGCAGGUUAGUGGUCCGAAUUGCUGGUCAGUGGUCAGCAAUGCAGGUCAGCAAAUAUUUGGAAUCGAAUACUAUAACUAGAUUCGACUUAAAUAUUUUAUCCAACAAAUAUAUUUAUCCCGUCGAUAUUUGUUUGCACAAUUUCACUAAUUUAAAUGGCAACAAUUUGAACAUACCACUGAUUAUUUAGUGAUUUUGAACGAAAAUGUUUAAAAAGUAUGUUAAAAUAAAAAAAAAAUAAGCUUAUAAUUUUAUUAUUUUACACAUUUUCGCCGGCACUUGACUUCCUCGGGGUGGUGUGGUGGGAUUUGGAGUGAGCCGGUGCCCCCCCUCCCGGGAAUGAUGACUUAAAAAAACACAAGCUAUACAUUAACCGUGGAUGGGAGUGAGCUAACUGAACGUGCUUUAAAAUGAAUGGACAUAAUAAUAAAACUAUUUGCCAGCCCCCACACAUCUAGCCCCACACAUCUAGUCCCACACCCCUAGUCCCACACCCCUAGUCCCACACCCCUAGCCCUACACCCCUAGCCCCACACCCCUAGCCCCCACUCCCCUAGCCCCCACUCCCCUAGCCCCCACUCCCCUAGCCCCCACUCCCCUAGCCCCCACUCCCCUAGCCCCCACUCCCCUCGCCCCCACUCCCCUAGCCCCCACACCCAUAGCCCCCACACCCAUAGCCCCCACACCCCCAGGCCCCCACAUUCUUGGUUCCCACAAAACCUCUCCUCUAUGUUUCGCGCAAGUCAGGCUGGUGCUUGCACAGUUCGAAUGUUCUAAAAUGUCUUAUCACUUCCCGUCCUGUAGUCCACCAAUGACAAGAGGAGACUUAAACAGGAGACGGCCGGUUUCAGGUUGGAUGAGAGGGUUACCGGAGUCUUACAGGCGUACACCGUAAGCGAACUGUUCAACUUGUAUCGGAGCCGGGUGUUCAAACUAUCAGGUGAGCUAGUGAUAUAAGGGACAGGUGAGGUAGUAAUAUAAGACAGGUGAUCUAGUGAUAUAAGAGACAGGUGAGCUAGUGAUAUAAGAGACAGGUGAGCUAGUGAUAUAAAGGACAGGUGAGCUAGUGAUAUAAGAGACAGGUGAGCUAGUGAUAUAAAAGACAGGUGAGCUAGUGAUAUAAGGGACAGGUGAGCUAGUGAUAUAAGGGACAGGUGAGCUAGUGAUAUAAGGGACAGGUGAGCUAGUGAUAUAAGGGACAGGUGAGCUAGUGAUAUAAGAGACAGGUGAGCUAGUGAUAUAAGGGACAGGUGAGCUAGUGAUAUAAGGGACAGGUGAGCUAGUGAUAUAAGAGACAGGUGAGCUAGUGAUAUAAGAGACAGGUGAGCUAGUGAUAUAAGGGACAGGUGAGCUAGUGAUAUAAGAGACAGGUGGGCUAGUGAUAUAAGAGACAGGUGGGCUAGUGAUAUAAGAGACAGGUGAGCUAGUGAUAUAAGAGACAGGUGAGGUAGUAAUAUAAGACAGGUGAUCUAGUGAUAAAAGUGACAGGUGAGCUAGUGAUAAAAGUGACAGGUGAGCUAGUGAUAAAAGUGACAGGUGAGCUAGUGAUAAAAGUGACAGGUGAGCUAGUGAUAUAAAAGACAGGUGAGCUAGUGAUAAAAGUGACAGAUGAUCUAGUGAUAAAAGUAACAGGUGAUCUAGUGAUAAAAGUGACAGGUGAGCUAGUGAUAAAAGUGGCAGGUGAGCUAGUGAUAUAAAAGACAGGUGAGCUAGUGAUAUAAAAGACAGGUGAGCUAGUGAUAAAAGUGACAGGUGAGCUAUUGAUAAAAGUGACAGGUGAGCUAGUGAUAAUAUUGACAGGUGAGCUAGUGAUAAAAGUGACAGGUGAGCUAGUGAUAAAAGUGACAGGUGAGCUAGUGAUAGAAGUGAAAGGUGAACUAGUGAUAUAAGGGACAGGUGAGCUAGUGAUAAAAGUGACAAGUGAGCUUGUGAUAAAAGUGACAGGUGAGCUAGUGAUAAAAGUGACAGGUGAGCUAGUGAUAAAAGUGGCAGGUGAGCUAGUGAUAAAAGUUACCGGUGAACUAGUGAUAUAAGAGAAAGGUGAUUUUAGCAGGUUGCCAAAAACAGAUGAGUUAGUGAGUGGUAGAAAGGGAUAGGAGAGUUGGUGAGUAGUCUAUUCGGACACGGUGGAUAGCGGUGGAUAGCGGUGGAUAGCGGUGGAGAAACAGGUGAGGUGUACAAAAAUAACCGGGUUUGGGAAUGUUGAAACACGCGAGGUGGGGAUAAUCCUAGACCGUUGAGCUGGGGAUGUGUUACACAACUGGUGCCAUAAUAACAGAUGAUCACGUGGAGGGGAAGUGAUCGCUUUUAAAGAAGCUGUCUUUUUAAUACUUGUGCAGUGCUGACGGUAUUUCAAGGGGAACAAACAAAUGCACAAGUACAAUUUAUCUAGUUAUUUCCCUUGCAUGAUAAUUUUAACAUUUAACACGUGUUGUCACAGAUCAUGCCUCGGAUGUCACAGAUCAUGCCUCGGAUGUCACAGAUUUCCUCUUAACCUUGCAUACACAGAAUGAGGAUAACUCAACCGAAAUUUUACAUAUUGUGAGUAAUCUGCUACCAACCCCCCACCCCCUUCAACCUGUGUCGCAUCAUCUGACAGGGAGGGAUUAUGGCCUCUCUACGGUGCUGCAAAACAUUGAACGGUUCUUAAAUCCCGGGGGCAGCAACCUUUUGGUAAUAUUGUGCCAAAAUGUAUAUUCAUUUAGGGUGCCAACACCUUGUGACCCCCGUCAAGUCAACCCCUAGUGACCCUUGUGUAGUCAACCCCUAGUGAACACUGUUUAGUCAACCCCUAGUGAUCACUGUUUAGUCAACUCCUAGUGAUCACUGUUUAGUCAACCCCUAGUGAUCACUGUUUAGUCAACUCCUAGUGAUCCCUGUUUAGUCAACCCCUAGUGAUCCCCGUUUAUUCACCCCCUAGUGACCCCCGUCAAGUCAACCCCGUGUGACCACCAACUAGUCAACCCUUAGUGACCCCGUCUAGUCAACCCUUAGUGACCCCCCGUCUAGUAAACCCUUAGUGACCCCCCGUCUAGUCAAGCCCUAGUGACCCCCCUCAUUCACAUAUGACGAUCCCUUCAUUUCCAGGACACUGACAACAGAACAUACGGGGUGAUGAAUGUUUAUACAGGAGAGAAUAACUUCAGCAGAUUCAAUGAAUUUUACUCAUGGGACUACAACACGUACGUGUUUUAUUUAUCUUCCCUUUGGUAUCCUCUUUUCUUGACCCUUUGGUAUCCACUUGUCUUGACCCCUUGAUAUCCAUUUGUCUUGACCCUUGUAUCAUAUUGUCUUGACCCUUGUAUCCACUUGUAUGUAUCCUUUGGUAUCCACUUGCUUUGACCCUUUCUACCCACUUGUCUUGAGCCUUCUAAUCCACUUGUCUUUAACCUUUUUUCCACUUGUCUUGAACUUUUAUCCACUUGUCUUAACCCUUUGGUAUCGACUUGUCUUAACCCCUUGGUAUCCACUUGUCUUGAACCAUGGGUAUAUCAAGGACUGAGCAAGUUUAUGAAUCCCUAAAUGUCAGGCUUUUUUGACCGAUUCCCCCAUUUUUUCUUUUCAUCGUCACGGUUUAAUUUUUUUCUAGACAAUUUCAUCGUCACAAAAUCUUAGCCCCCCUCCCCAACACCUACCCUUCCCCAACACCCACCCCUACCCAACACCCACCCCUACCCGACACCCACCCCUCCCCGACACCCACCCCUCCCCAACACCCACCCCUCCCCGACACCCACCCCUCCCCGACACCCACCCCUCCCCGACACCCACCCCUCCCCGACACCCACCCCUCCAUAACACCCUCCUCCAUUGUUUUAAGUGAUGUGUCAUGUAAUUUAAAACUCUAUCAAAUGUAUAACUGUUGGCAAUACGAGCCUCCAAGAGAAUGUGAACUAUUCUUAUACUAUUACUAUUGAUAACCUCAGGAUUCUGGACGUGUGGACCAGUGAUGAGGCUAGAGAGCUUUCUGGCACUGGUAAGUUUUCCUACACUUCACAUUGGUUUAUACAAUGUCUCUACAAUGGUCUAAGAUUAGCCUCAACUGUAUUUGAAAAAA